AGCGCAUGCGCAGUGCAGUGCGUCACAAGCGGCUAUGUUUACAUCUGUUGAAAACAUUUAUCACUUUUUGGGUCCUUAUUAACGGCCUGCAACGCUUGUGCCAGUUAAUCACUGCACACGAUGAGCACGGAGCCCGCUAGCCUGGAGAGCCUGCGUGUACUGUAUCACAGUGAUGACUACAUCGUGGUGGACAAACACUGGGACAUCCGCAUCGACAGCAAGAUGUGGUACGAGAAGAACACCGUACAGGCACAGCUUCGCCACCGCUUCCCUCAGCUGGCUGACCCACGCACCUACUAUGGAUUUCGGUUCUGUCAUCAGUUGGAUUUCUCCACAAGUGGAGCUCUUUGUGUUGCCCUGAAUAAAGCUGCCGCUGGCCGGGCUUACCGCUGCUUCAAGGACCGCACCGUGACCAAAUUCUACCUCGCUCUGAUACGUGGGGCGGUCGAAGGAGAGACGCACACUGUGGACUUCUCCAUCGGCAAGAACUCCACGGAGGGAAAAACACAUAUGAUGUGUGUUGAGGGAACAGAAGGUUGUGAGAACCCCAAGCCUUGCCAGACUGAGCUCUUAGUGUUAGAAUAUGGGUUAUAUGACGGAGACCCUGUUACCAAGGUGCUGCUGCAGCCUCUCACUGGUCGAACCCACCAGUUAAGGGUCCACUGCAGCGCUUUAGGCCACCCUAUUGUCGGGGACUUCACCUACAGCUCGGGAACAGACAACUCCCCGUACCGCAUGAUGCUGCACGCACACCUCCUCCACAUUCCCCUCGAACCUCAGCCACUGCGCGUCACUGCUGGAGACCCUUUUGUCCCAGCGGUUGAUCCCAAGUGGCUCCCGCAGUGCUCAUUAAGGACACUAGAGGCCACUGUGGAGGCCCUGAUACACUGCAGGGAGGAGGAGGACAGGAAGAUUAAAAAAGAAGAGCAAGAGAGAGUGAGAAAAGAAGAGGAGGAUGAGAGGAGAAAACGAAGCAAGGAGCAGAGCACUGAGGAGGAGAGUGAGGAGCAGAGGAGACAGUGCCAGCAGUGGCUGAGUGAAUGGGCUGGAGAUUGAUUUAUUAUUACUAUUAUUAUCAUUAUUACUUUUCAUGGGUUUCGCUGUCUCCUCGUGCAUGUUGAGCAUGCAUUUUAUUUGAGUGUCCACAUCUGUUUCAUUUCAGCUGCAUCUUGGUGGUUUAACUCCUUUACGUUCUCACAAGUUAAAAUCACAAAAAGACAUGUGAGCAUAGUUUAUGCUGCACUACUGGAAUGUCCACACUAUACCCACUGCAAGCUGCGAAACAAGUGCCUUGCUCAAGGUCAAGUUAAUAAGAGUUCCUUGUUGCUUUUUUAAUUUUAAUGUGCCAACAUUAUAAGAAAUUGGCCUUUUUCUGAACUACAAAAGCAUAUGUUAAUUUCUCCCAGGAAAAAAAACUGUUUUUAAACUCGUGUGAUUGGUUAUUUAUGAUACAAAGCACUGACAUGCAUGAAGUCCCACAUGAAACAUACUGUAUCUGUA